CUGAAUCCCUAGUCCAGCCCCGCCCUCGUCCAGACCGAUCACUGAGUCCAGAUUCAGCUGCGGAGUACUGGGCCGAAGCCAGGCGACUUGCAUCCUAUCCGAACGCGCGUAUUCCCGACUCCACCAGCUUGCCCGCGAUUGAGCGCUUUGAUUUUCCUGCCCCACCUUCACCGGCCGUCGUGAUGAUCGAGAAACGUCGUGAGAAACGACUAACUGGGAAACGUUCCAACGUGGGUACUUUGGAUAGUGAACAGUCACGAGAUGGCACGAUGAUCGGCGCGGAUUUAACCGAUACCGAGCUCUCUGCUCUACCUCCGAGUGUGUCGCUGAAAUUACAUCAGAUCGAUUCAGAAAUCGAAACGCUUAAAAGAUUGGGUGAAAGUUCUGGUAUUACAGGGGCUCUGAUUCAAGAGUUGGAAGCAAGCAAGUUGGUGUACGCACGGGCUCCCGAACUCGACCCUAUAUCUGCCUCCCGUUCUCCCAAUGCUGGUACGGAGCCAAGUUAUAAAACUCGGUAUGAACGACACGUGUUCUCCUCUCCGUCCAGGGAUACACGGCGAGAUCAUCGCGCUGCUCAUUCCCUUUCCUAUCGAAUGGAUUAUUCAUGUACUGGAGGUCGCUCUGGUACCAUACCUAUUGUGGCUUCAACUCCUCGUCCAGGUUACACAUCGGGUGCGCUAUACGGUCGUGCAGUUAGCCUACCCCGUCCAGCUUUAGCCGGAGUGAACGGUGAUCUUACAAAUGCAUCAGGGCCUUCUCAAAGCGUUCUACCAGGCGGGUCAGCUUUUCGAAGUUCCACACUGGCAGCGACCAAACACGAUGCUCCACUUCACACGGAACGAACAGGUGGAAAACUGGUCUAUGCAGGAGCUGGUUUACUGGGAAGUGGGGACCAUACACUGACAACCGACGAGUCGCUGCACACCACUUUGGCUGGUUUUGAAUCUCAGGCGGGUGUCACUGAGGCAGUGGGCUCUCUGACUGCAUCCGCAAUCUCAAUGGAUGGACUAACUGUCUGUUCUGGUGAUGAUGGUACCACAUUGGCACCCAGCCGAAGUGCAUACGUUAUCAAGUCUGGCACACUUACUGGUUUGCCGCCGUCAGUGACCGGGUUGCGUCCAGUUAGUGCAAUGUUAAAACAACAACAACAACAGUUUCUCAGUAGUCGCCCACGAAGCCGAACCCUUACUCCUGUACGACAUGGUUUUGCUAGUGAUUCAGACAUGACUGAUAUCGAUUCCUAUCCGUCCGUUCAAAGUUGGCUUCGGCCUUCCUCCGCUCAGAAGAAAACGUCUUUCAAAAUUUGCCCCUAUGAACAAUUGCGAGUCUCGGCCCAGCGCCCACUCAAGGGUUUAGAUCGCACCCGUCUCGAGAAUUACUUGAGCUCCACGGAAUUCGAGGCCUUGUUCGGAAUGCCAAUGCACGCAUUCCAACGUCUUCCAGAAUGGAAACGAAAUGAUUUGAAACGAAAAGUCGAUCUCAUCUGAAACCUUUCGGUUCCCCACACAGCAACAUGGCAAUUAACUGCUUUCCGUUUUCCGACUCCUCCCUUCUCCAUAUGUCGGACUUUCUCAGUAGCUAGAUCACUCCGCUUAUCUGUCGGUUCAGUAGCAUUCUCAUCGAACUCGGUCCCUCGUUCUUUUCAUUUGCCAUGUUGGUUCGUCCUUCGUAAACACGCAAUUGAAGCAACGGCCCAUCUGCUGCACCUGUUGAGCGUGCUAGCCAUCGAUAAAUUGGAAGCUGAAACCUUUCGGUUCCCCACACAGCAACAUGGCAAUUAACUGCUUUCCGUUUUCCGACUCCUCCCUUCUCCAUAUGUCGGACUUUCUCAGUAGCUAGAUCACUCCGCUUAUCUGUCGGUUCAGUAGCAUUCUCAUCGAACUCGGUCCCUCGUUCUUUUCAUUUGCCAUGUUGGUUCGUCCUUCGUAAACACGCAAUUGAAGCAACGGCCCAUCUGCUGCACCUGUUGAGCGUGCUAGCCAUCGAUAAAUUGGAAGCAAAACCUUUGCCUUCCUUGAUUUUUUUUUUGAAAUUUUAUCAUCGAUGACCAUGUUAGAGCUGAUUUAUACAUGAGUAUAUUUUUUUCAACGUUUAGAUGUGAUUCAGCCUCAACACUCACCCCUCCUCACACACUCGCUCGCUCAUUGCCGUCAUUGUUCCGCUCAUCUGCGCUGGACUUCUCGCCACAGUUGUUUUCCACCUCUUUGACUUAUUCUCCACCUAUAAAUUCUCGUUUCCUUCGUACUUCUAUCCAAGUACGAAUGGGGUUUAUGUUCCAGCCAUUGAUUUCUCCCAUUAUUCUCAUCUUUAGCAUUUGAUCCUAAUUUUAUCUCCCUCUCCUUGCGGUCUGCAUAAAACAGGAACACUCAAAACGUUAGUUUGUCCCGGAUAAUGCCGUAUUUCCGAAAGCUACUCAAAGUUAGCAUGCUGUGAAUUUAUGGUUUCUUUCAACUUACUUUAUAGUAUUUCCGCCUGUUCAUUCUAGAAAUUUCUAGGCCUUCUUCCGCGUUCUGGUGGUGUUUUCAACCUGUCGAUCAUCCGAUCUGAUGACACAUUAUCUUCUACUGUUUGAUUUGGACGAUCAACCGUUUCAUUUUGUUCGCCGAUCAGGCCCAUAUGUAUACAGUGCAAGAGGUGGCUACAAAUACGAAACUGUGUCCGCUACUCAAUUAUUCGUCAUGCAUUUACCGCGCCAAUGUUAGAGCAUAUAUGCUUGUCAAAUCGAAACAUUUCCCAUGCGUUUAUUUUGUCUUCUGUUCUGGCAACGAACCCAUACUUUCAAAAAAGGGCAUCCAAACGAGACUCGCUUGUGGCCACAUAUCUGGGUUUAUCGUUUUGACGAAUGGACAUGUUGCUAAACAGUCUGUUCUCUUGUGUUGUCUGUUUCUCACUGGAGCACAUACAUGCAUAUGAUUCUACUUUUGAUGUGUAUCAGCUGGGAAGCAGUUCGAACCCAACAACCGAGCUUUCAG